CAAUCUAAAAGAUCAAGUAAUACAGGACCGCGUUGAAAAUCGGUGUACGGGAACAGAGCACAGAGGCACCAGAAAAAAAAAGAAAUAAAAGAACAAGAAAAUUUCCACCUCUUUUCAAAAGUACAAACUUCGACACAUCUUUCUCGUUCACUUAAACACCUACAAAGUAAAACCCUUAUAAACUGACUCCGGGACUGUUGGUGAUUUGUAUUCAGGGUGUGAUCUUGGCAGUUGACUCUGUUUUAAACUAAUAAACUACACGGAGAAACACUGAGAAAGAUUGCUUUCUCUUCUUCUGUAUCAUUUUAAUUUUCGAUUCUCGGUGUUUGCUCGAGGUUAUCUAUUGGAGUACUAUCUCGGUGUUUUCCAACCCUCAACUUUGGCCUAUCCAGCAUAUUGCAUUUAUUAUAAACGGAAGAAAGGUAUAGACCAUCUCAAUGGCUGUUGAUGAGAUCGACUACGAAGCACUCCCUGACAGUGCGACACUGGGGGCCCAGCUCUUAGCUGGCGCAUUUGCAGGUAUUAUGGAACACAGUGUGAUGUUCCCCAUCGAUGCGAUAAAGACCAGAAUGCAGGCUGGUGGGCUAGGGUCCGCCUAUACCGGUGUUCUGAGCGCAAUAACAAAGAUCACAACGACUGAAGGUUCCGUUGCUCUUUUCAAGGGUUUAAACUCGAUGGUUAUGGGAGCAGGGCCUGCACAUGCGGUGUAUUAUGCUACGUACGAGUGGGUUAAAGAUUCUCUUAUUACAGAUCAUGACAAGUUCAACAUCUUGAGUACUGCAUUGGCGGGUUCAAGUGCUACAAUUGCAGCAGAUGCAUUGAUGAAUCCAUUUGACACGGUGAAACAGAGAAUGCAGUUGGGCAACUCUGAACUGAGCAUGUUCAAACUGUCUAAGCAAAUGUAUCAAAAUGAAGGUCUAGCAUGUUUUUACUAUUCUUACCCGACAACUGUGGCUAUGAACGUUCCCUUUGCUGCAUUAAAUUUUGUCAUCUAUGAAACUUCAACAAAACUUAUGAAUCCAACUAAUGACUAUGAUCCAAUCGUACACUGUCUAUGUGGUGGUAUCAGUGGUGCCACAGCUGCUGCAUUAACCACGCCAAUGGACUGCAUCAAGACUGUAUUACAAGUCCGUGGUGUAUCUAAGGAUCCAAGAUUGCAAAAGGUUGAUACACUAUCUAAGGCUGCUAGGGCCAUCUAUGAAAUCCAUGGAUGGAAGGGGUUUACAAGAGGUCUAAGGCCUAGAGUUAUAGCCAAUGUUCCUGCAACGGCAAUUGCAUGGACUUCUUAUGAAAUGGCAAAGCAUUUCCUCAUUCAUUGAUAUGAAUGAAUUGACUGGGGGAUUAUUGUGGAAACAAGAUCUGGGGUAAAGGGACAAGUAAGUGUUUUAUUUGCAUAUGAAGUAACGAAUCACUUGUACAUAUUAUUCCCUUGGGAAAGCACCAAGGGAAAAGAAUCAGAUAACUAUGUGU